AUGCUGCAGCCCUCCUUUACCACAGGAAUGUGGCGUCGCCAUGUUACCUUGGCCAUUACUAUUAAUAACCUGGAGAAAUCCAUUGCUGCUGCUCACACAUUCCUUCAAAAGAAUCCUAAAGAUGCUGCAAUGCAGAAGAAAAUGGCUUAUUAUAAAACCAUCCCAGACAUCGAGACUUACCUUGUUGAUGUGGAAGCACGGGAACAUGAGACAUUGUUUCUGAAGGCUGUGAAGGCUUAUAACGUUGGGAAUUUCCGCAGCUGUAUAACUGACAUGGAGCAUGCUCUCCCUGAGUACUACAAAGUGUAUCAGGAAUGUGUCAGUGGCUGUGAAGAAUCAUGUGAUGUGACCGCUUUCAAGGAUUUUUACCCAGCAGUGGCAGAUCAUUAUGUAGAAACACUGAAAUGCAAAGUGAAAUGUGACCAGAAUUUAACUCCCAAUGUUGGUGGAUUCUUUGUGGAGAAGUUUGUUGCGACCAUGUACCAUUACCUACAGUUUGCAUAUUACAAAUUGAAUGAUAUUAAGAAUGCAGUGCCUUGUGUCGCGACCUAUAUGCUCUUUGACCCACAAGAUGAAAUCAUGAAGCAGAACCUGAUAUAUUAUCGUUUUUAUCGGGAGCAGUGGGGUUUACAGGAAGAGGAUUUCCAGCCUCGCAAUGAUGCUCAUCUCUAUUAUAACCAGACUCAGCAACAGAUUCACUUACUGGAAUUUGCAGAUACCUUCUUGCAGUCGGAUGAUGAGAUGGAAGUGUCGGAUGAAACGUUUUCCCAGAGUGAGGUAAAUACAACUGAUGAAGAGUUUGAGGGAGAAGGUGAUUAUGAGGAAGACAUCCUUGCUGAUUGGUGGCAGCAGCCAAAACAGAAAGGAGAUUUGGACGAUGUAUCUAAUUAACUAUGGACUGGACAAUGUGCCCAAUACCUCAGACAUUGGUGUGUGUGUGUGUGUGUGUGUGUGUGUGUGUGUGUGUGUGUGUGUGUGUGUGUGUGUGUGUGUGUGUGUGUGUGUGAGUGAGAUGAUGGAAGUCAGUGUGAUGGUCAAAGGUUACAAGUUGAGAGAUAAAUUUGUGUGUUUUAAUGUUUCCGCGAGCUGUUACACUGAGCGGGAAGGAUAAGAUGUGAGAAAGAGAGAGCGUGUGCAUCAGAGGUGCUGGACGUUGGAAGAACAUGUUUUGAAAUAUCACUGGUUUUCUGAAAGUCUCCAUAUUAAUCAACCUCAAUGUGCACCUAUUUAUGGUUUUAGAGAAGUUGAGUAAUAAAAUAUGAACAAAUUCCUGGAGCAGGUCAGGCAGCAUGUGUAGAGAGACACCGAGUUAAUGUUCUGAGCUUCUUCAGUUCUGAGGAGGAGUCUGUUUGCUGUUUCUUUUCUCUGUUGAUGCUGAAUAUUUGAUUUGAUUUCAUAUUUCCAGCAGCUGCAGUAAUUUGCUUUUACCCAAGAAACAAAAUCUGACCUGUCCAGAAUUCUUUCUGCAGCAGCUUUGUACCUAGUCUGUUGCUAUAAUCUGCUCUGUCAAAGCCUGUAUCUACAAAAUCUUACAGCACAAAAUGAGGCUAUUCGGCCCCUUUGUGUCUGUGCAAGCUCUUCAAAAGAGCUACCCAUUCAUCUCUCACCCUGUAGCAUUAUAUGUUUCUCCCAUUAAAAUCUUCGUCCAAUUCCAUUUUACAUUUCGGUCUGUUAUUCUUUUGCAGGUUAUUUCCAUUUCUUGUGUCCUCUCAGAGAGGGGGCUGCCUACUGAAGAGUUGGGGUUGAGAGGGGGAGGGCGUGGAUGGGGCUCUGAGCUGGUGAACAACACCAACACCUUUUGCAAGAUGAUAACGACAGGGAGGGAAGUAAUUGUUGGUGAGAGCACAAUUUCAACUUCCUACUCACCCAGACCUGAGUAUUAGUUAGUUCCCUGUGGGGUUCCCUGUAACGAACAGGGAACUUUGAGCAGGUUUUGUUGCAAAUAACUUUUUCUUUGCCAGUCACCAUUUCCAGCAGCUUCCUGUUGUUGGGUCUAUCCCGGUGUAGCCCGGGCUGAAUUAGUUGAUGUAAAGACAAUGGUGGCCCUGUAACUCUGUCACUGACCUGGCUGCAAUCUGCAGCGUCUUCUCAGAGAUUGAGUGCGACCUAGACCUCUCCCUGUGAACAGGUGAGAAUGGGUCACCUUGGAUCCACAGUAGCUUCCCCAUUGUCAGUGUCUUUUAAAAAUAUUUUAAUAAAUUAAAAUCUUAAAAGAAAACGAGGUGGCACUAUAUUUCCUGUUAAUGCGCCAGUGAUUUUCCUCUGGAGUUAUUGUUAUUUCCUGCACUGACCUGAGCUUGUGGAGACUGGGCACGCAGGAACAAACUGCUUUGGGGUGUGGGUCAUGAACAACGUGGGAUCUUUCGAUUCUCUCACCUGUUCAGUGUUGCUGUCAGGUGGCUGCAGAGUGUAUAUUAAUUUAAUUAAAAAUCAGAUUUUGUAUUUUAAAA